AUGUUCACCUUUAUAUUCAUGUGUAUGUGGAUUUCACUAGGUGACUCUAUGACAGAUCCAAUCAAGCCACUUGAUACACAUAAAAGUGUAACUGAAGGUGAUACUGUUACUCUGUCCUGCAGCUACAAAGACUUCACUCAGACUGUACGGAACUUGCACUGGUAUCGGCAAUAUUCAGAAUCUAAACCAGAGUUCCUUCUUUACAUCUAUCCAGAUGGAUCUCUGAGUGAAAACAUUCCACCUGGUUUAUCUGCUGAUGUUCAUAAAGACAUUAAACAAGUGGAUCUGAACAUCUCCUCUGCUGCAGUAUCAGACUCUGCAAUAUAUUACUGUGCACUGAUGCCCACAGUGACAGGAAACCCAGCUGCACUGUACAAAAACUUUAACACAGUUAUGUUAUUGGCAGAAGCUGCUGAGAGCAUUACACCAGACCAACCCAGCUUAUCUUCAACUGAAAGAAGCAACAUCACACUGUCCUGUACAUAUGAUGGAUCAGCAGUGUAUGUUCACUGGUAUCAACAAAACCCUGGAUCAAAACCAGAGUUUCUGCUGCUGAUUGAUGUACGCAGUGGAGAUGUCACUCCAGCUCAACCACCUCAUCCAAGAAUGUCCAGCAAACUCAAAAAGGAAAAGAAAGUAGAUCUGGAGAUCAUCUCUGCUGCAGUAUCUGACUCUGCACUGUACUACUGCGCUCUGCGGCCCACAGUGACAGGAAACCCAACUAUGCUGUACAAAAACCUUCUCUCAGAAGAAAGAGCUGUUUUAUUUUAA